AUGGACAAGGACAACCGAGAUGACUUCACUUUUGCAAAGCUAUCUGAUCUCAAGCUCCCUGUCACUUUCCGCAUUUCUCAGUUAGAGGGAUCAAUACCACAACCAUCUGUUUCAGAGCUACUCGAGAACCCAGAACUGAGGUUUCACGGUGCACAAUCUUCGGCUUUUUCAGACCUCUAUGUCUCCUGCCAGCUUCUGGCGGAUAACAAGCCGCUGACCAUACCCUUCCGCACCUCCUUCAAAGCUUUCAAGAACAACUACGUGUGGAACGAAUGGAUAACGUUACCCGUUCGGUAUUGCGACCUCCCAUUGAGUUCACAGAUAACAUUUACUGUAUGGGAUAUCGGGGCCCCACGCACAGCGGUGCCCGUCGGUGGCACAACGUUUAGGAUGUUUGGCAAGAAAUGGACUUUGCGCCGGGGAAAACACCGUUUGUUGCUUUGGGCAGGUCAAGAAGCAGACGGCUCCAUGCAGACUAAAACUCCCAGUAAACUUGGCAACAGGGAUGAAAUGGGUCGUUUAGAGAAGCUCGUGAAGAAAUACGAACGUGGCGACUUGCCAAAGUCAGAUUGGUUAGACAAUAUGGCUUUCAGAAAAAUGGAGGAGAUACACGCUGUGGAGACAGAGAAGUCAGAAAACAUGUAUCUUUAUGUCGACCUUCCACGAUUCGACUUUCCCGUGAUAUUCAGCGAAGCUGUCAGUCGCUCUUUAUUGAAUGAGGCCCAGAAUCAGGCAACGAUACCAUUUGCACCUCCAGUAGUAGCCCAAGCACCUCUUACACCUGUACUUCCCAGUUAUUUUGCUACAGAUCCACAUCUCUGGGCCAUCCUUGACCCCGAGAUUGCACGUGAAAACCCCGUGGAGGACAAGCAUCGUCGACUCGUGCGGAGUCACCGAAGUAGUCCAUACGACAGAGAGCUCAAACCAAAUGCCAAGAUCAGAGAUGAACUUAAUGAAAUACUUAAUUAUGCGCCCUCUCAGCCUCUCAACUCCGAGGAGAAAGACCUCAUCUGGAAGUUUCGUUUUUACCUCGCACGAGACAAGCGCGGGCUAACCAAAUUCCUCAAGUCUGUCACUUGGCGCGAUCCUUCGGAAGUCAAACAAGCAGUGGAGGAACUACUGCCAAUGUGGACAGAGGUCGACACGGAUGAUGCUUUGGAGCUCCUCGGACCUGGAACUGUGGACUCGAGAGUAAGAGCGUUUGCAGUACGGCAGCUUAACCGCGCGGAUGACGAAGAACUUCUGUUAUAUCUCUUGCAACUCGUACAGGCGCUCAAAUUUGAAAGUGCCGCUAGCGAGCAGCGCUCGAGUCGAUCGACAACAAGUGCAAUAUCUCAUGACGAUAGCGGGCUGACAGACUUUUUGAUCGCACGUGGAGUACAAAACCAUACACUAGGUAACCGGCUGUACUGGUAUCUGAUAGUAGAAGUGGAAUUGGAGGAUAGGGUCGUGGCGAAAAUGUACGGGCGGGUGGUGUUCAAGUUUCUGAGCAAGAUUUUAGAGUCCGAGAAUGGCAGUGAACGCCGCGAGCUCAUGCGACGCCAAGGUGUCCUCGUCGAGACCCUCGCCAAACGAGCCAAGGAGCUGCGCACUUCUAAAGACCCACGACCUAAAAAAAUUGAGAAACUUCGCUCCUUCAUCAACGAUUCCAAGAACGGGCUCGUCAACAUCCCUCCUCUACCUCUGCCACUCAACGCACGCAUAGAGAUUACGGGUAUCAUUGCUGAAAAGUCUUCGGUCUUCAAGUCGAAUCUUUACCCCUUCCUGUUAUAUUUUCAGUGUUCUGACGGCACGGAGUAUCCUGUGAUUUUCAAAGAUGGCGAUGACAUGCGCCAGGACCAGCUUGUCCUCCAGAGAAUUUGGACCUUGAAGCUCAUCCCCUACGAUGUGCUGGCGACUGGGCUGUUGCAGGGUAUGGUGCAGUUUAUCCCCAGCAAGACUAUCGCAGGCGAUUAUCAAGCGAACAAUCCGGAUGAGGGCAGCGUUGGAACGUAUGGAGUCGAGCCGACUGGAUACUGCGUUGUGACAUACCUGCUAGGCGUGGGUGAUCGGCAUUUGGACAACCUUUUACUGACACCGGAUGUCGAUUUUGGGUAUAUUCUCGGUCGGGACCCAAAGCCGUUUCCUCCUCCUGUCAAAGUCUGCAAAGAGAUGGUCGAUGGCAUGGGCGGAGCCCAAUCAACCCACUACGCGCGAUUCAAAAAUUACUGCUUCACCGCAUUUACGAUCCUCCGGAAAAGCGCCAACCUCAUUCUCAACUUGGUAGCGCUCAUGGUGGACGCGAACAUUCCAGACAUCAAGCACCGCGACGUGCAUGAGCAGAUCCAGGAGAAGUUUCGGUUGGACUUGACGGAGGAAGAGGCGAUCAAGCAUUUUGAGGCGUUGUUGAAUGAGACGUCGUAUUUCACGGUUGUGCUAGAUCGGAUUCAUGAUUUGGCCCAGUAUUGGAGGAGUUGA